CCAGCAAACUUGUAGCGAAGCUGCUUUGAAGAGGUUCCUUCCCAAAAGCCACCUGGCUAAGGUGAUUAUCCAGGACAAUGUUAGCGUUCAGCGGGUCCAGGACAUUAAGAAACAGCAAAUUGAACGUAGGAAAAAGAAAGCCGAGAAUCUGUUCGAUCAAAUGAAAAGGAGAUUUCUCCAGAACCAGCAAAAAAAGACGUUCCGGUGGAAGAAAGAAUACGACUAUUAUCAGAAGAUGUUGGAAGAGAUCGACCAACGGAACCAGAUGAGAGAAUUAGGCUCAACUUUUACGAUGGAAAAUCAUCUCUCCAGUUCUGCAAAAACCUCGGACAAGCCGAGCCGACUCUGAUAACUGGAA